AUGGCGGACAGAUCGUUCAUCAUCCGUGUUGAGUUCGACAAAUUCCCGAUAACGAUUUUACCCCUUGCCAUGGCUGCAUACCUUAGGAUGGUGGGGGUUGUACAACUUCGACUGCACAAUGACAAGGGGAACACUUGGAUUGUUGUCGCCGGUCUAAAUGACGGAAGCGCCAUCUUCCAAGAGGGUUGGGGUAGAUUCCUUCUUGGUAAUGGAGUAAACGAGGGAGACACCAUUUUGUUCGAUCAUGUAGGUUUGCAUAUCUUCAAUGUUUUUAUUUUUGAUGACAAAGGAAACAUAAAAUCCGCUCCUGCUAAAGGUGAUCUACCACCUUAUGCAGGUAGAAAGGAUUUUAUGACUUAG